GUGGGUGAAGUUUUAAAUGACGCAAGAUAAAAGGACACGAAAAUAGUUGAGUAGACAUUUGAGUUGAAUGGCUCGCAACAUGAACAUCGCCUGGCUACCACUGUUGGUGAUACUAAGCAUUUCCGUACAAGAUUCUUUCGAGAAAAGCGACGAUGAGCUCCUGGAACAAAGAUUUUUCGAGCCAAUGUAUAAAAAAGGAAAGACAACGACCGAUCCGAAGAGUCUUCCAUUCAGAAGRGUCACUCAACUUUAUUCAAGGAAUAGCAGAGAGCAUAUAAGGAUUCUUCCAAAUCGAAAAAUUGAUGCCAUGGGAAAAGAUGGCGAUAAAUACGCAAAAAUAAUUAUCGAGUCGGACAAUUUUGGACGAGUUAGAAUACGAGGUGCUGCUACGAAUUACUAUUUGUGCAUAGACAAGAGAGGACAAAUUCGAGCAAGGGUGAAGGGCAGACGAAAGGACAACUGCAUUUUCCGAGAACAUUUUGCUGAAAAUGCGUUCACAGAAUUUACUUCCGUCAACAAGAAUAAUCUCUACAUUGCUUUCAAUCGCCGAGGACGCCAACGAGCGUGCAACAAGACAAGGAGUGGAAUGAAAGCCGUGCAGUUUAUAGAAAGACCUUUGAGAUUCCAAUGGUUAUACAAAGGGAGAAAAACCAGAAAGAAUAAGAGGAAUGGACAAAUAGAACAAGGUUUUAGUAAUCAAAGUCAAACGAUCUGUAUUACAGUGAAGAGUUGGCGAGAGUGGAGAAAAUACCUGAAAUGGCGUAAACAGCARAAAAAACUUAGGAGAAAACGAAAAUCAAAAUUACUUGCUGAAAGGAAAAAAGUGCGGGAAAUGUCCACGGUGGUCCCGCCUAUGAUCCCGCGGGAUUCCACUACUAAUCCAAGAAUAAGUCAAAGCAUGUCAACGAGGUCAUCAAGUUCUAACACUAGGAUGUCAAGUACAAAGCAGUGAAGGUUUUCUCGGAUUUGUUUUUUUCUUCUACACCAAAUGGUAUUUAUUUCAACGCGUAUGCUGAGCUGACGUAAUAUGACAACCACUUUAGAUGCUAAGUAGUUUGCUGCGUGUCUGCACAUCUUUGGACCGCAUCUUGGGACUUGGCAAGUGGUCGCGACUUGUGGUUCGCCUUGCUCUACAAAACAGUUCCGAAGGAAAUUCAAAUGGAACUGUGGUUUGAGAAAAAGAUCUUUUCUACAUGUUCCAAACAAGACUGCUCCGAUUAAAUUCUACUUCUUAGGCAAAGCCAAUUUUUGAGUCCAAUAUUAUGCUCAACAGUCGCUAAAGACAUUAAACACCUUUUCAGGAGCAUACCACAGCUGGCUUCUACGCUUCUUUUAACGAACUGAUGCUUCAUACAACUUUGUUUCGAUGGUGUUAUAUCCUUGUAUAAGCGUGAUAUUUAAAAACAUUAUUUUGCUCCUUUCUGGCAGUAUUAUUUUGAACUUUUUCUGUACGCUGUAGACUUGAAAACCUCUUAUCAUCAGAGCAGAUCAACUGUGGUCAACUGCAUUACGGAAGAAAUGUCUAUUGCUUAUGAGCGUUCCUAAAGGCAGGAAACCGGUGCCCGUCAUGUGCUAUCGACCAAUGAGAAGGAACUUUAUGUUUGAUAGUCCAUAUGGUUUGUUUAUGUAAGCCAUAUUACGGAUUAUAAGCGGUUUAUUUAUGUUAAUUUUGUAUUUAAGAGUCGUUAAUUUCUAUCAGGGAAACCGUUAUUUUGAGGUAGGUUCGGAGAGUAAAUCUAGGAUUUGGCCUCGUUUUUAAUACGACUAAGAGCUUAUGAGGGAGGGGAGGGUAAGGUUGGACUACCGUUUGAUUCCAAAUUUAUGUAAAAAUAAUGAUUUGCUUAAAUGAACAAAAUGCUAAAAUUUCUAAAAUUUCUUCGAAAUAGCUGAAAUAUGAAAUUAAUUUUCUAUUUUCUAUACUUGGAAUCGAAUUGUCUAAUCUUGCAUCAUGCUCGCACUAAUAUUUUUAUGAAGUUUAAAGUUUCAAAAGAUAUGAAAACUAUCAUUGAAUUGCCUAACGGCACUGUAAAUACACAUAUAACGAAUCGAGCUAUCAUAUAUAUUUCGAAUGGUGAAAGAUAUAUGAAUCUGACUCAUGUAAGCAAAUGUUUGCAGAGACUGGUCUUUAAAUUAUUAGUGAAAAGUAAGUGAACGAGUGCGCAAUAUGUUUAUGGCGCGUAGUGUCUUGAUGAUAGUGAGUUUAGAAUAAUAUUUGCGCAAAGUUUUUAAAAAAGAUCUGCAGCGUUGUGCACAAGUAAUGUGCACUGUUGUGAGUUGAGCGUUAGUUUUAAGGAAAGAUCUGCAACGUUGCGCUCAAGUAAUACGCACUGUUGUGAGUUGCGCGCAAGUUUUAAGGAAAUAUUUGCAACGUUGCGCUCAAGUAAUACGCACUGCUGUGAGUUGCGCGCAAGUUUUAAGGAAAUAUUUGCAACGUUGCGCGCAAGUAAUGUGCACUGUUGUGAGUUGAGUGCAAGUUUUAAGGAAAGAUCUGCAACGUUGCGCACAAGUGAUUUGCACUGUCUUGCGUUGCACACAAAUGAAAUAAUUUGAUGCGCGCGAACAAAUCAAUUGCUGCAAAUUGCGCGCAAGUACUCUGAUAGGCGCGCGAUAUAUUAGCGCACUUACACACGAAUUUGCUUGGAGAUUCAAUGAUAGAAAAUUAGGCUACAAGUGCAUGGACAUGAUUUAAAACUAACUUAGGCCAACAUCAUAUCCACAAACUGUCACCUACUGUGCACAUUAUUUUCAGAUCAUCUUUUUUACACGUUUGCUUCACGAAGUCAGCUUCUUUUAUAUACCAAAUUACUCCGUAUAAAUAUCAUAUUAUUUUUGUUCGUCUACUGUUAUGGUUGAAGAUCGUGCAUCAUACUGAUGUAGAAGUAUUAACGUUUUUGAUACGAGGGCGUGAUGUCCAGUAUCAAACUACAGAAAUAUUCGAACACUAUACCCUAAAGCAGGUGUACAUUUAUUAAAUUUAUAGUACGAAAUGUUAGCAUUUUAUAUCGAUAUUUCUGCAUACUGAUUGAUUUGUGAAAAGAUAGAGAGUACCUAAAAAGCUAAGCUUAAUCACUAAGGUUUAAAGUUAUUAAGUUAAUUGACUUUUAAAGUUGAUAAAUCGAUAAAUUUAUUGAAAUAGUAUUUUUGAUACAGAUAGAAGAAGUGACAUGAUAAGCUAAAAAUGUUUAUGAAAAGGUUAAGAACUAAAGGGAAAUUUUUUUCCCAUUUCAGACCACAUGUCAUUCCCUUGAGUAUCAUUUCUUUGUUUAGCAGUUGCGCAUGAGAAGAUGCAUGGUUGCGUCUCAAACAAAGAAUGUUAUUCUCAAGGUUCGUGGUCUGAAAUGGGAAAACAUUACGCCCUAGGUAAAGAGGUACAUUCUUCUUUAGAGUUCAAAGCGUUUGAAAUACUUACAGUUCAUGUCUUUUUCUGGGUCAUUUUCUACUCCACUUCGUUCCUGUAAAAUGUAAAAUUAAAACUGUUAUUUAGUGGGUACAUACAGUGUUUUAUAUUACAGAAUUAGCUUAAUCUUGUAAAAUUAUUAUCAUUUCAAAAUUCAUAUAAGGGGAUAAAUAAAUAAAGAGCCUGGGAGCCUAGUUUGGUUAAGGUGACAGUACUUAGUUGCGCAUUUAUAGAGAAUACGCCGAGUGCGCAGCAAGGCUAGAGACCUUGAAUGAAGGACAGGCUUCCCUUGGCUUUGGGGGUUUGCUUUGCAACGCUGGUUAGAAAAAAACGCGCCAAAGAUGAAAAUAAAUUUAUUUACUGAAUCUA